AUGUUGACACCCAUCAAUGUUACUUGGCUGAACCUAGUAUGCAUUUCCAGUGUUGCAGUCUAUCUGGUAAAGCAGGUGUUCGCCAAGAAUAAUAAUCGUACACCAUAUCCACCUGGCCCCCGGGGGUGGCCUCUCCUUGGUAACAUCUUAGACAUGCCUCACAUCAAGCCUUGGCUCACAUUUGCUGAGUGGGGCAAGAAGUAUGGUGAUGUCUCGCAUAUCGAGGUUCUGGGGCGGCACAUCAUUGUGCUGAACUCUGUCAAGACUGCAAUGGAAAUGCUGGACAAAAAAAGCACUUUGUACUCUGACCGUCCUGUUCUUCCUAUGGCUGGCGAACUUGUUGGCUGGAAGGACUCUUUGCCUUUCCUCCCUUAUGGUGACCGUUGGCGCCGGUACCGCAAGAACUUUCAUCGCGUCAUUGGUAGCCGCGUUGCAGCGGACGUAUACAACCAGAUUGAGGAGGUCGAGACUCACCGAUUCAUGAAGCGUGUCCUUGCCAAACCCGACCAACUGCAAGAGCAUAUCCGACAGCAUCACUGUUGGCACUUGAAAGAGAACAAUGAUCCCUUCAUUGACCUUGCAGACCGCGCUUUGGCCAAUGUAUCGCAGGCCACAGCUCCCGGUGCCUUUAUGGUUGACAUUUUACCAUUCUUGGCAAAGGUCCCUGCGUGGUUCCCCGGUGCUGGCUUCAAGCGCCUAGCACGUGAAUGGCGCGAGACCCUCGAAGAGAUGGUUUCUGCACCCCACAAGUUCGUCAAGGAUCAAAUGGCUGAUGGCAUCGCCCCUAUGUCUUUCACCUCGAAUCUCUUGGAAGGCUGCGCUUUAUCUGUGGAAGAGGACGAUAUCGUGAAAUGGUCUGUUUUUUCCCUAUACAGUGGUGGUUCCGACACGGCCGUUUCUGCGAUAUACGCACUUUUUCUAGCUAUGACACUUUUCCCUGAUGUGCAGAAGAAAGCUCAGGAUGAAAUUGACGCUGUCGUCGGUCCUGAUCGUCUUCCCUCCUUUGCAGACCGGGACUCCCUCCCCUACACUGAGGCGCUUUUCAAAGAAGUUCUCCGCUGGCAUGCUGUCACUCCUACUGGUUUCCCCCACUGCGUGGCUGAGGACGAUAUCCACGACGGGUAUUAUAUUCCAAAAGGUUCGCUAGUCUUCCCUAAUAUCUGGUUCAUGCUCCACGAUCCGCGGACAUAUGCUAAUCCCUUACAAUUCAACCCUGAACGCUUCUUGGCUAAGGAUGGAAAGGAACCUGAGACAGAGCCUCGCACGAUCUGCUUCGGCUUUGGUAGACGUAUUUGCCCAGGCCUCCAUCUUGCUGAAGCAUCCAUCUGGAUAUCUACUGCAAUGUCACUGGCCGUGUUUGAUAUUUCUAAGGUUGUCGAGAACGGUGUUGAGAUCACCCCUGAGUUUGACCCUUCAUCAGGUGCAGCCAGACACACUCCCAGCCACCUUAAACCCUUCAAGUGCUCUAUAAAGCCUCGCUCUGCAACAGCCCUUGGGCUCAUUCAGCAAGAUGCUGACUACUAA